GAAGCAUCGCCGAAGUUGAGCAAAGCAAAAUGGCGAGCCAAGAGGAGUCUGUGCGGGACUUUAUUAACGUUACUGGCGUCGACGAGGAGAGGGCCCGCUUUUUCUUAGAGUCUACCAGUUGGAAUUUGCAGCUUGCACUUGGCAGCUUUUUUGAGGAUGGACCUGAGGAUGACGACAUUGUGACUCUGCCUCAACCCGAAGGCGGCUCCUCUGUAUCCAGAUCCACCGGUCCAAGCUCUCAGCACAGAGUGACGUCCUUCAGAGACUUCAUGCAUGAAGCUGAAGACGAAAGUGAUGAGGAGGAAGGUCAGAGGUUCUUUGCGGGGGGGUCCGAGCGCAGUGGGCAGCAAAUUGUGGGACCUCCUAAAAAGAAGAGUCCCAAUGACGUGGUGGAGGAUCUUUUUAAAGGAGCCAAGGAACACGGAGCCGUGCCCCUGGACCGCAGUGGGAGGGGCCCGGGGGAAUCGAGCAAAGCUAAAGCCUUUGAUGGAGGUGGAUACAGGCUGGGAGCAGCUCCUGAAGAGGAGUCCACAUAUGUGUCUGGAGGGAGACGCGACGGCAACGCACAACAGGACGUACAUGUGGUGUUGAAGCUGUGGAAGACGGGCUUCAGUCUGGAUGACGGCGAGCUCCGAAACUACAAUGAUCCUGGCAAUGCUCACUUCCUCGAGGCCAUCCGCAGGGGGGAGAUUCCCUUAGAGCUGAGGCAGCGUUCUCGUGGGGGCCAGGUCAACUUGGACAUGGAGGACCACAGGGACGAGGACUUCAGCAAGCCCAAGAUGGCCUUCAAAGCUUUUGGAGGGGAAGGACAGAAACUGGGAAGCGCCACCCCAGAGUUGAUUUCAGCUCCCGCCACCUCCCAGCAGGACCAGGCAGCCAAUGAAGCCCAGGCCAGUGCCAGCGUGAGCCUGGACACCUCUCAGCCCGUCACAAGCAUUCAGAUCCGACUGGCGGAUGGCGGCAGGCUGGUUCAAAAGUUCAAUCAUAGCCACAGGGUGUCGGACCUGCGGCAAUAUGUGGUGGUGGCCCGGCCCGCCAUGGCCGCCCGGGAGUUUGUCCUGAUGACUACUUUCCCCAACAAGGAGCUGUCGGACGAGAGCCAGACGCUAAAGCAGGCCAACCUCCUCAAUGCUGUCAUCGUGCAGCGGCUACAAUGAGGACCCCACCCACCCAACCCUGCUGCCCCUCCCGCUUCGAGGGGGACGACGAGGAGUCACGGACUUGUGUUUGGACCUCUUCAUUUCUGAUUGAUUUUUUUUUUUUUCUCCUUUUGUAAAAUGCAGUGAAUGAUCACGGCGGCCCAAGACACGUCCGCUUGUAUCCCAAAUCACGCCGUUUGGACCAUCAUUCCCUAUUUCUCUGGCAACAGCACAAAAAUUCCUACAUGAGUUUUGUUUAGCUGAAGAUGGAUUAGAUCGGUUUCCAGUGAAAUUGGCAUGAUCCCAGCUUAGAUUUGCAGGGUAGCUAUUGUUUUCUUAACAGACUGAUCAUGAUUAAUGAUUAGAGGCUAAGCAGACAAGAUCUAAUAGAUUGUAAACACCGCUUUGGCGCUGUGGAAGGUGGACAUCAUCUUUGCAUCCUGGGGCAACAUGGGAACCCGUUUGGACCUUGAGGGAAUAAAUCCAUUUUCUGAUCAAUGUAUGAGGAAGCCAGGGUGGGCUUGUCUUCUGUAUUAUUUGGGGGCACCUGCAGAUUUUGUAGAAAUAAAUGCCCAUCCAGGUGUGUUAGUCACCAGGAUGUUCACCUCUGCAAGUAUCAAAGACAUGGUUAGUUCAUUUUAUUGGAAAAAUGUGUGACAUAUAUUAGACGAUUCGAUACACAUGUACGGGUUAAGAUACGAUUAAAAACAAACAUACAUUUUAAAAACAGAAUGCUUCGAUAUGAGUCAAGGAUUACAUUUGUUGACGUAGACAUGAAUCUUACGUUAUAAAAUAUACAUUUUCCAACUUACAUUAGAAAAUAAAGAGCCAAUUGUACAAAAGUGGCAUUCUUCCAGUAUUUUCAAAUGUGUAAUAGAGCACAUCAUAUCCUCAAACAUGCUGUAAGGCAGGGGUCCACAACCACUGGACUGCAGGAAAAGUUUAGGCACAAUGAUUUAAAAAAAAAAAACCACACACACACAAAAAUAAUUUGUACAUAACUACAUCAAAUUGUAUGUAAAGGGCUAUUAAUUUUGGAAAUAUGGGCCAUUUCAUUAAUACAGUAUACAGUUAGAAAUCCCCCAAGUUUUUGCAUGUUUAAUGCGAGCGGAGACUUGUCCGACUUUGUUGGACUGUCCUUGGACACAUCAACUCCAUGACUAUCUGCACAUAUAGACGACUUUACUGUAUUUUACCCUUUUUCUUUUACUUUAUAUUUGUGGAUGCAUUUGUGCAUGCAUAACGGUAAGAUCUGAUGAUCUUAUUGAGUGCUAAUGUUCGUAUUUGUUCUCUGAAAAACAAAAGUCCAGGCUCAUGCAGGUGGGUGGUGGCUGUUAAUUUGAUGUCCCUGUCU